AUGUGUGCAUAUUUUGCUUAUGUGAAGUACCCAGAUUCGUAUGCUGCAAGUUUGUCAAAGCGUGUAAACAUGACAGAGUGUCAGAUCACAGAAAUGACCGCCGUGUCUGCGAAGUCCCAUUCUCAAGGUCGGCUCAUGUACCGCUGGAGCACCGGUGCCGAUAUGGGAAGAUUGAAUUGCCAUCUGAAGAAGAAAUGCUACUUGUACGAGAAUUUGGUGCACAUGGCAUAUGGUCCUGAUAGGCGAGUUACUCAUUAUAAGGCGUGCAAUGUGGAAGAGCAAUCUGAAAUUCGAGAUUACUAUGGUGUGUUGACAGAUAUAACUCAGUUGGAUUUUUUAGGAAACCAUCAAGUGGUGGUAUUUAAGUGUGAUUGGUACGAAGGUAAGUCUAUCCAAAAAGACAAGUUUAACUAUACGAGCAUUAACACGUCAAAGCCAUGGAAGACGAACGAACCUUUUGUAUUAGCAUCUCAAGCACAACAGGUGUUCUAUGUUGAUGAUAUAAAAUUAGGAAAAGACUGGAAAGUUGUAAUUGAGGCAAAAGCAAUAAGCUCGUGGAAUUGGCAUAGGACUGAUAUCCCACCAGCAACUGUUGAGGAAGAUGAAGGGGUACCUUUGCUGGUUGAUCAUGAUGACAAAGAAGAAGAAGAUUACACACUAGAAGAAUAUGAUGAAGCUUCUGAAGGCCAUACUUGUGAUGAUGACGAGGAUGAUUGGGAUAUAUGGUAG